AGCGAGGUUUACUAUUUCUACUUCUGAAAACAAGCCAUGGGUCCUCAUUUUGAUAUUUUUUUUCAAAGAGUUGUAGUUGGUUACAGUCCUUUAAUUGUUUGUCUAUUCGGCGCAAUAUGUGUGUAUACGCGGUACCUCGCUCGUCCAACUGGGGGCCCCUAUCCAGCCCCACACAACGGUGGUGCGGUGCUCACGCGCGCGGCUCUGGAUGCCCGCUUGGAGGACGAGGCUGCUUCCAGCCUGCAGGAUGCCAUCGCGUCCUACGCGGACAUCCUGGUACCGAAGUCGAGCUUGGUUUCGGCAUUGCAAAUGCUCUUUCUGUUCCCGCCCGGAGUGUCUAUCUACCCGUCGGGCUUCGGCGGUGGCCCGGCGAAAGGAAGUGUGGUGGAUUUUGACGAAACGAGUGCGCUGCUGCGACUCGAGCGAAUCUUGAAGCAAUGCGAUGGAGGCCCUGGAGGUGCCGGCACGCCUACUGCUCCGACGGUCUUGCCGUAUUCUCGGGCGGUGGGUUCGUGGGGCAACGAGAUUUGUGCGCGGGACGCCAUUCUGGAUGAGAUCCGGCAAAUUUCCUCGGACCUGGAGGUCGAGGUGAGCGCGAAUGACACUGGGGCCUUCCACGUGGAUUUCAUCGGGGGCCUCAUCAACGCAUAUGAAAACCUGACGAACGUUGCCGUUCGCGUUUCGUCUCGAAGGCGGAACAAGAUAAUAUUGGCACAAGAACAGGAAAAGAAAGGAGAACCUGCACAAAAGGACCUUUAUUCUGCCACCAGCUUCGACGACGUCGAAAAAGAUCGCAAAGGUCCUGAAACCACAUCUGGCGACGAACGGAAGAACAAGGUCAGGGCAGGUGGUAACUUAAGCACCGCGGAAAAAAAUGCGAAGAAGGUCGCCUCCUCGUCGGCGGGAGUCCUUUCGCACUGCGCCCCUCCUUACGCUAUUCUGCUCGGCUCCCAUUUCGAUUCCGCGCCUGGCUCACCUGGCGCCUCGGAUGCGCUGGCACUUGUGGCGCUGCUGCUCGAAAUUUUGCGCGUAAUAACGCAGUUUGACGUUCCAGCGAAUUUACUGAGAAACGUGGACGCGAUUUUUCUGUUUAACGGGGCGGAGGAAGUGAUUCUCAGUGGCGCGCACUCCUUAUCCAACAGAAAAAUACGACCAUAAUAAAUUACAGGACAAAAAAUACGAUUUGCGUCACUAAAUUUCUGUCACUAAAAGAGAGGCAAUAUAAUAAAUUCUGUCAUGCAGAAUGCAGUGACGAGUUUGUGGUGCUAGUUGGCGACUAGAGAUUUUUUUGAUUUUGAAAGAGACAGAGAGGUACCAAAAGCUAGAAAGUUUACCAGCAUGCUGAACGGCCGAGGAACAUGAAGAGAGCUGCUUUCUUCUAAAAACCGUAGCACGCUCGUUUUUUCCGGUAUUACGCGCGUGUUUUUCUGUUGGGUACUCGUUUGUGCGGAACCAUCGGUGGGGGCGGCACAUCUGCGGUUUCAUCAACGC